UCAGUGACAGAAAACAUGGUCUGUUCCAGCUGUCAUUGUUAUGCUUUAUGAAUGACGUGUUCUGCCUAACAACAGGCUACGAUUGGAUGAGGGAAGAGGACUUCAGGGACAGACUGUAGGAAGGGACAAGGAGAUAUGCAAAAGUUCUCACGCAGCUCUGGAGACAACAGAUGACUGAAAUAAGCCCGGAUUAUAACUCCCUCAUGAUGAAAGACCCUUUGAAAGGAAGGUUUGCCCCGGCAUAGCUGUUCCUCCAGGAAGCACAGCAUGUUCAGCGUAGAGGACCUCCUAGUUUCUCAUGGGUACAGAGUGUCUAAGAACACACUAUCCUCAUAUCAGCACAGGACUGACGGCUAUCAACAUGAAGCCACGGACAGCAGGUCUGGAAGUGGGAUGGUAAAUGGUUUUCAGCCAGACCCAGAGUCCUUUGCUGCAAACCCCACUCAGACCAAGGGCUUUUUCAGUGACCAUGAAAAGAGUUGUGUGAACAAGAGACGGCAGAUCAUCUCUGCAGGUUAUCCCAAGAGCAAUCAGUCUACAGAGGCAUGUCAUUCUUCAGAUGCAUGCCUGAGACCUUGCGUGUGUAGGAGGGAAGCUGUCCAUCCAGCGAUAAGGGUAUCCGACAGACUUCAUCCUGAAAGACCAUGUUGGGCAAGGACGGAUAAAGAUAUUCAGUAUUGGAGAAGAAGAGGCCAAGAUUUCAGUGUUUUAUUAAACCAUGGGGACAAUGGAGCACCAAGUGAAAAUAUCAUAUUGGCAACAGACAUUGAAGGAAAGCGGAGCUGUAAUAUAAUAGAAAGAAACACUAAGGACUGUCCUAAUACAAUUAUAGAAAAUGUGGAGAAAGUGAAGAAAAAAGUGUGUCAGAAAACAGUGGAGCAGCAGACUUCGGAUGGCAGCAGUGAAAAGUUAGACUUCAUCUCAUCGUCUCCAGAAGACGGAUCCUUUGUGGGUCCUAAUAAACAAAAAUCUCAAUUAAUGCCAAACGUUUCACCUGAAGGUUUAUGCCACAUGGUCAUAUCUUCAACCACCGGUGACAACUCUUUUGUAAAGGAUAAUAAAAUACAUUCAAAGGACAAUUAUAUUGCACACCAGGAUUGUAAGAAAACUCCAUUCUCCAAACCGAAAUACAGUAGACCCUCCAAGCCGCCCUCAUAUGAAGUUCACCAGCAAACAUGGGGGGCAGUGGAUGUAACUGAAAACCAGGAUAACAAACAAAAAGAUGAACAUCUGUCAUCUCCUAAAGUUUUAGAUCUCUCAGAGGAGUCUUGUUUUCAUGAUUUAGGCAUGGAACCCCCAAAUUACAUACCUCCACCAUCGUAUAAGUCCCCACCUCUUCUACAUGCAGCCAAUAAACCAUUUAAAAAAGUGCCUCGUUCAAGUGACUGCAUUCACCAAAAAAUUUUGGUGGAGAAAACCUGCACAAAUGACAAAAAGCCGAUCUGUUGUCUUGGAAAUAAUGGUCCUUUCAGUAAACCAGCCAAUCACAGGCACAUGAAACAUUGCAAACACUUCGUACAAUAUAUUCCUUUUGAUGACCCCCGUAUAAAGCAUAUAGCAGUUGCCCAGGAGGCAGAAAAACACAACCACAGUAAACAACAUAAUGAUAUCUUUAGGGUUGAUCAUACAAGUCAGGAAAGCAGUCUUCGCCAAGGAGAACAAGACAGUGCCUUUAUAAAUCCCAGAAAUGCGGGCCAUCAUUUUGUAAAAAGAGAAGGUAUUAAACACAAACAGUGGUUGCACAUCUCCAUCUCCGAUCAAAUAUGCCGUGCACUGCCUGAAAAUAGAGAUGGAGCCACGGCAUGCAGCCUACCAGAGGACAGUGAGACCACUCACAAGCUGUCUUUGAAAAAGACCCACUCUGAUAGUGCUUGUGAAACAGUAACAAAAGUAAAAAAGUUUGAACCCGAGUCUUUUGUUUUUAGCAAAAAAAGUUCAAAGAGAAAACUGAACGAAACAAUAUUUUGCUUGGUCUCCAUUCCAGUUAAAUCAGACUCUGCCCCAUCAGAUAUGUGUAAGAACAACAACCGUUUAGCGGACAAUACAGACAGGAUGAAUAUGUUAAAACAUAGCAAUGGGGGACUACAUGAGCAAAGGCUUUUAAGUGCAUCUUCCAGUGACUUAGAGCUGCAAACACUUACAGGAAGCAUGAACAAUAAUACAGAGCUACUAAAACAAGCGCAGUCCAAAACAGAGGAAAACAAACAAGCAAAUGACCUCAGAUCUGAUGAGCCGAAGAAACACAAAGAACUGACGUAUUCUGGCUCAUGGCCAGGUGAUCAGUACAAAGAUCAACAAACUCAAACCGUUUGUACGGACAUACAGACUACACCACUUUAUAAUGGUACAAGAGAAAGUGAGCUGCACAAUAAAUGUACACAAUCCCAGUUUGUUCCAGCUGGUGGGCUAGUAGAUCCCAGGCCAGCUCCAGAAAACACGAGGCAAAACAUAUUUGGCAUAAAAGGACAGAUGAGUUUUAGCCCUUCAAGUAACAGUGCAUUUUCAAGGACUUCUUCAUUAGUAACACACAUACCUAGAACAGAGCCAUGCCAAAGGUUUGAAGUUCCUAAUGUCAGCGUAGAUGGGAAAGAAAAAAAGCAAGAAAAGAAUGAGAUGGAAGAUGUAAACCCAUGCAAUAAAAAAGAGGUUUUUGGACAGUUUCUUUUAAAACCUGUUAACCGUCGUCCAUGGGAUGCUAUAAGCGAAUUGGAAAGUUUAAAUAAAGAGUUUCAAGAGCCAGAUAGUUGUGCUAAUGAUGGUGAGAAGUACGUAGUGAAGGAGCAGAGUAGGGUGAUUCAAAUGGAUGUGUCUACCACAAGGACUGCAAUGAGGAGAGAAAUGUUGAACAACAACCGACAUAUAAUAGAGGUUGAAGAGGUGCCGAUGUUUGAGGUCCUUCAGGAUCAAACUAAGUCGCAACGGUGGUGCAUAGAAAAGUUAAUGUAUGACAUUAGUGAGGACAGUACUGAAUUAUGCAAACCUUCAACCAACAAUGAGGUUAUAAAUCAACCUGUAAAGUUUCCUGAUAGACGCUUACCAGGAGAAAUACAUGUUGAAGUGAAAAGUACCGGAGAUGCAAUUUCCACAAAUGCUGGCAUGAUAGCCAAAACAGACCAAGGAUCACCAAUACAUGCAAAUAAAAUGGCCGGAGAUAAAAAACAAAGUAUUCCAGAUGCUGGGUUCCAUCACUUCAAAGAAGACAAGACAUGUUUCGACCACACAUUUUUUGAUGUUGUGAAAGUCAGUUCAGCAAAAUUUGGACAAAUUGGGGAUAACAUGUUAAGGAAGUUGUCACUAGCUGACAGAAAUCAUGGGCGUUCUGUUCCUGACUUGAGUAAACAUUGCAUUAGCACAAGCCGUAAUGGAGACUUUUAUGAGGAGCAUAACUAUUUGGAUAUCCCUGAGAAUGAAUCGCUGCAUGACAGAGCGGCAAGGAUUCUUGGAAUCGAUGUAGCAGAUGAUUGUCUAGUGUCAAAUGGGAGCUCUGAAGCUCAAAGCCCAGAAAAUGUUACCUCUGGUAGUGGAAUACAGCCGGAGAAGAGUACACGGGGAAAAUUAAGUGAAAUUUCUUUUUCUACAAAAGAGACACUGGGAAUUUUGAAGAGUGUCCUUCAUAUGCCUUUUGACAAUGAGAGAGCUGUUGAAAAAUUAAAAAACGGUGAUCAAGUACAGAAGCCAUCUUUUGCCUGCCAGUCGCUAUCGGAACAAAAUGAGACAAACAUUUCUCGUAGUGCUGAAAAAAGAGUAAGGAACACAUCUAAAAUGAUUGAAACAUUACAGGGGAAACUUGCGUCUACACCAGUUCGCACCGCUGUCGAUCGCCUAGCUCGCAUGAAAGAAGUUGAUUCUGUUUCGCGCAUGAGGCGGUUAAGCAUUAAAAGCACAGAUUCAGGUGAUGAAUUUGAUGAAGAAAAACAUGGAGUACAGGAUGGCAGAACCAGAAAAUUCUCCACUGGAACCAUCUAUAAACGAGUGAUCUCCCUAGAUGAGAGUCUGCUUAUAACAGCAAAAGGCAAAGAAAAGUUGGAUUUAUCCUGCGCAGACGCCUAUGACCCCGCCAGAGUGGAGAGAGUUUAACCUAAUAUGUGAGAAUUGGUUUGGUACAAUGUGAAGCAGUGCGCACUGAAUGAAACAGAUGGCCAAUAUUUCUUUGUCUUGUCAGACAGGAAGUGUUUGAGCAAUGUAUGGCAUACCACACUGCCGUUACUACUGCCAUAUUAACGUAACCUGUCAUCUGCACUGUAUACAAGGAAAUAUCUAAGAUAAGAAGGAUACAAAAUUUCCUAGGGAAUUCUUUUCAUAAGAAGCACUUUGAGAAGAUUUCUGGCCAACUCUUACCAAUGAGGUUUGUAAACAUGUAACUACUUUCUGAUGGGCACAUUGUUCUGUGCCACGGUCCCAAUGAAUGUACUGUUGAACUCUGCACAAGUAUGACCCAGGAGGCUAGUAACACAAUCUGAAUGUAUCCAUACCUGCACAUUGCAUAGACUUGGAAAUACUGGUUUUCUAUUUUGGUCCUUUCCUGUUUUACAUCUCUGAUCGUAUAUGGAUGCUUGUACUUUAUCGCAUUUUUGGAUGGAUGGCUAAACACAAAAUUAAUCCAACUCAUCACACAUCAUUAAAUCUCUUCACUGCUGACAGUUCUGCAAGGAAAAAAAUGAACUUUGUGUUGAAGAAUUGAUGUGUGCUUUAUGAAUGCAAAAACCCUUCUAAACAACAGCUCGGAAAGAGAACGAACACGUCUAAUUAGAUGUGUGUCUUUUCUGUAGGAGAUUCGCAAAACAUUUUGACUGUGGGGGAGGAUUUAAAGAUAUAUAUAUAUGAAAAAAAGAACUGGCUGUGUUGUAGAGUGUGGGCUCUCUUCGUGUAGAGAAAUCAGUAAACAUCUCUUUGACAACUGAAUUUUCCAAGGGAAACACGAUUUGCUGCUUAUAAAUAUCUGUAAAGAUCCAAAUGGAAAGAGCUUGUCGAGAAUCUUACAAGACAUUGUGCACAUACAGUUCAUGCUGUGUGCUAGUGUUAAUAGUGUCAGGGGUGCUUUGAAGAGGUUGAGGUAUUGUUUGGCCUAGAUUGUCACACUGGAUUGGUUAGGAGCUGCUCACGACUAAUCAGAUUGCUGUUCCUACAGCACUGACUGCUCCUGGCUGAUCAGUGCCAAGACCACUGAUUAGCGUGUAGUGCCAGGUAUGUGUUUAACAUCAUCAAGAUACUGUAUAUCACCAUGUCCUCCAACAAAUAUAAUGGGGAAGAAACAGCACUUAUAAUCUGUAUAAUAAAAUCAUUUGAAACAGUUCGCUCAUCCCAAUAGCAGACUUGGACAAAUUCUUUAUUUUUUUAGCCAUUCCAUAAAAUAGUGGUUCUACAGAUUCCCAACUAUCAUUAUCCUUGACAGAUAGUCCUUUAGCUCUACAUUCAUAUAACACAGGCAGGGGGAGAUGUAUUAAGUCUUGGAGAGAGAGAUAUAAAGUAUCAGCCAAUCAGCUCUAAACUGCCAUGUUACCAGCUGUGUUUCAAAAAUAAAAGUUAGAAGCUGAUUGGCUGGUACUUUAUCUCUCUCCAUUUAUCACUCUCCAAGACUUAGUACAUCUGCCACUUUCUUCAAGAUGUAUCUACAGAUUUCGGGGAUCAUUUAUAAACAAGUUAUAAAACUCGUUGUGAAUGGUAAAACUUGUUGCUUAGAAUAAUUGGUGCUCCAGCCAAUCGGCUCCUGUCAUGUGUUCAGCUCCUAACUGUCAUGUGUUCUGAAAAUUGACAGUUGGGAGCUGAUUGGUUGGAGCUCCAUUUAUCAUAUGAAACAAGUUUUAUCAUUCACAACGAGUUUUAUCACUCAUUGAUAAAUGGGCCCCUUAACUUGACCUGUUCUAGACUAAAACAUUUUAUUGUGCCUGAUUUAUAUUUGUUUUGUACUCCUGUAUAUAAGAGAGGAAAGGUGAGCACUGUUGGGUCUUAUCCUUAAAACAGUGUGUCAUUCCUCUCUGUGUGACGUGAGUAUAGAACCAUUAUUUAUCAAUUCGAGGAGAAUUACCAUAGUGAAGCAAUACUGUUAUAUUGGAAUAAGCACAUUAGUUGACAUACAUUAUUGUUGUUGCUGUCAUGUUGGAGGUCUGAUGGCGUAAUGUGUUUAACUUUCUUUUGGUACCAGUGCCUGUAUCCCACUAUCCUGAUUUUCUGCCUUUCUGUACCAUUGUAUGUCGCAAAGCUCACAAAACUGUAUAAGAAAUGUUGUCUGCUAUGUAUUCUGUAACAGUCUAUAUAUCCUUAGAAUAGGCUCAGGUAACCUAUGCCUCUGCAGCUGUUGCAUUGCUGCAAAUUCCAGCAUGCAGGCUGGCAAAGCAAACUUGGCGUUCUAGUUCUGCAACUUUCAGAGCCCUAGGUUGCCUACUGCUCUAGAGUAUACAUGUCUGUACUUUGUAGUCUUAACACAUUUACAAAUGCUAUUAGCUUAAGUGCCUAUGUUUGCUAAUACCCGGUCACAUAUGCAAGUAACACACAGACCCUUCAUCCAAAGACACCUCCUUUAUCAUUCCAAAGCUGUUCCAUUUGGUUUCAUACUGACCGGCACCUUAUUUAAACAGUUUUGGUGAUAAUUACCCUUUUGAAUUAGAAGACACAUGAGCGAUCACUCUUCUUGUUUCAUGUAACCACCUCUAAUCUUAUACUAUGGCUUAAUAGAUAGCCAUUUAUAGAAAUGGUUGACCACACUUGAUAAUUGAUCCCUGAGUAGGUCAUUCAGUUCAUGGGGCAGAUGUAUUAAGCCUGGAGAAGGCAUAAAGAAGUUAUAAACCAGUGAUAAGUGCAAGGUGAUAAGGCACCAGCCAAUCAGCUCAUAAUGUCAAUUUACAUAUUGGAGCUGAUUGGCUGGUGCGUUAUCACCUUGCACUUAUCACUGCUUUAUCACUUCUUUAUGCCUUCUCCAGGCUUAAUACAUCUGCCCCGAUGUGUGGAGGAUCCAGCCUGUGUCAAACCUCGACAAUAGCUUCCAGCCACCUGUUCCAACCUGGUGAUAUAAGAAUGGUCCCUUUGAAUGUCCACAGGAAAGGGCUACACUUGUUCUGUCCAGGAAACACCUACAGAGUAUUUUGUAGAAUCUUCCAUUUCCAGUUUCCAGCCUGCAUGGUUUAUCAGUAACAAGGAUCACCCAACAACAAUCUAUUGCGCACUGACUAGUGAUAGAUGAAUAGUAACCAUGACCUGUGAAUAGGGGAUAGGCUUCUGCAAUAUACAUAUUUGAUUUGAGUAAAUGAUAUUAGUUCAGAGUGGAUGCAGCAUUUUAUUUGUGCUUGUAGCUAUGCCCAAGUAGUAACUGGGAUGAUGCUCACUCCAGCUCUAAGGUCAGCACAGCUUCAAGACAUCAAAUCUGGCUAUAUGUACUGUUACAUUGGUUCAUGAAUAUUUCACAGUGUGUCAUCCAAAUGACUGUCCCUAAGGCCCUAACUGUGACUUAGAUAUACCCAAAGGCGAGGCCAUUGCUCUUACGUUUGCAGUAUUAUUUGCUUUUAUUAUAAUAAAGUAUAGGUUAUAACUAUAUUCUAACAUGAACAAUUCAUUUUCUAUGUGAAUUGCCUUGUACCCCAAGCAAUGACUUUCUGUUUGCGUGAGGCUAGUAGGAAAGUCCUGGAUAUAUGUGGUGCAUAUGGAUCCCACAUGUUAUUAGCAUGAUGAGGCAAAUCUCUGCCAUACUAGUUUACAAUCUUUAGGAAUAUUCUGUUACUUUUGUUUUCAGUAAUGCACUUUCUCUAAGCAUGACACAGCCUUUUAUAUGUUAGUAGUUAUGUCUAUAAUAUGAAAGGACAUUAAAUACUGUAUGUAGAGCACCAAUGCAAUCUGAAUGGUAUUGCCACUGAACCUAAUUAUAUGUGGAUGCUAAAUGUAUAGGGACGUAUGCUUUAAAUGUGUAACAUUAUCUCAUGUUAACUAUCUCUUCAUGCGGAGUUAUCCUCUGGCAUUUUUUAAAGUCGUUAACUGAUGCCAUUUAAAUGAAUGACAUGAGAAGUAUAUGGGCAGAGUGGGGGCAAUGGGGCAGCUGCCUUGGGCACAAUGAGGCCGGGGGGGCAUAUAACUGUGGAAGGACUGGUUUCUAGAGGAGCAGUAGAAGAACCUUAUCUUCCAUGUCUUCCCAUAUGCCAGAACACACACACUGUAUUGGCAUCUUUUCAUUUAAUGGUAAGAUAUGUUUACCUGGCACUGGACAUACUGCAUUGUGUUCUGACAUUAUAUAAUGAUGGCAUUUAUAUUUCUUCAAAAACACAUCCCCCCUCCCAACAUUCUGGAUUUGGAAAACAGGGUAAAAGUAGCCAAGUGCCAGAUACAUCCAGGCCAACACAGAUAACCUUACCCACAUCCCGAGUCUGUUUGGCACGUGUGCUCUAUGCCACAGGACCCACAGCCACCUGGACAAGAUAAAGGGUCCACCUGAAAUCAGCAUCUGGUGAAAUCGUGACAUGAGAUAAUGUUAUAUUUCAGGGACAUUCUGUACCUAUUAGAAUGACAUGAAUGGCUCCAAUCCAUUUUCUUCCUGUAUUGUACACAUUGUGUGGUCGAGAGCAGAGAUUACUUUUGUCUAUAAACCACACUAGUCUCCAUUCUCAGGCUCACCGUAACUAUAGAGGCACCAGCACACUGGCCUGCCACAGCUGUCGGUUUAUGCGGGCGAUAGCAAUAUGUCGGAAACAAGGGUGGUCCUAACAAUGAGGCAGGCUGAGGUAGCCGCCUCAUGCAGCAAGGAGUGAGGGCAACAAGUAUUGUAAAAAAACAAAAUGUUAAUUUUCUCGCUGCAACAUUCUAAUUGGUUUCUACCUUGUUGGUAGACCUAGUAAUGAUUAUUGUGACAAUAUUUGUCUUCUAUAGUGUACACUACACUAAAACAAAUUCUUAUUGGCUUGUGUAAGGAUUUAGAGGGGAGUCAUUUCAGUUGCUGCCUCAGGCACCAGCCCUGUUCCAAGCUGUAAUCCACAGAAUGGAUCUGAAAUUACAGGAAUAUGUUGAUACGUUGAGCAUCUGCAAACCAUUCCUAGGAUAUAUUUUAAAAUUUAGCUGUUUCACUUAACACCUGUUUUUGUUACAAGUAUUUUUUUACAUAGAAUAUCUUAUAAUGAAUAAUCUGUAAUCAUUAAUAUACACUUUGGCAUUUAAAUUAAAAACAAAAAACUGUGUAUAAAUGAUAUGUUAAAGUGCCCUCACUCAGUAGAAUCAGCCAUUUUGUUCCCAGAACCAAUAUGCAGCCAAUUAAUUCACAAGGAACUAGUGAAAUGGCAGGUCUUGAUGAUCUCUGCAGUUCCUGGUGAAAUGAUUGGCCUCUCAGCACAAAAUGGCUGACACCACUGUGUGUAGGCAUUAACUACACUUCAACCAUUUCCGCUGAAUUCAAAUCCCACUGAUGUUUUGCACUUGCCGUGACCUAUUUUGUUUUUCUAUAUUGUAGAAAGAAAAAUCAUUUGUAUGGCAAAUAUGUCAGUGAAAAAAAUGUAAAAAAAAAAUGCUCAUUUAAGGUAUCUAUUGCUUUUUACAAAAUAUGGUCUAUUUUUUUAAUGUGUACACAUGCCACAAGUUGCCAAUAAAAAAAUAUUAUAUGUAAUAAAUUCAGUAUAUUUUC